AUGUGUUUUAGAAGGUUUCUAAUAAUUAGCUUCGCAGUAGUUAUAUCUUAAUGUCAAUUUGCAAGUAUAAUAUAUCUGAAGUAGUUAAUGAGAAGAAUCAGUGUUUAUAAGAUCAAUUUUUAGAGAAGAAGCAAAAUUGCUCUAAUUUGACUGAAUUAGAAAAAGGAGUAUUAUCUUUCAUGAUGAUGAAUUGCCAUUAUCAGAGAUCUGGGAGAAAGACGGUUGAUUGCAAUUACGAAUUGAAUGAUUUACAAUCUUGCACAAGAUAAUUGGAUUCAAAUUAUUGGUAAUUUUUAUAAUAUAAUUCAAGGAAUAUAUUUACUUAAUUUUAUAUUCUCAUAUAACAUUUUUGCUAAAUUUAAAUACUGCGUUAUUUACAAAGUAAUGUAGAGUCCAAAUUAUCCUUAAUUUCAAUAGAGUAGCAAUUUCUAAAUACAAAUUUGUAAGACCCUAACAUUUUAAUAUAGGAAAUAACAGUCAUCGAUAUUUUCUGAAAUCCUUGGCACUCAAAAUGAAAUUCAAAAUUAGACUUAGGUGUUUCUGUAAUAUGUUGCUUCAUAAUAUUUGAAUUUCAAUAAUUAGAGAGAGAAUGAGGAAUAGAACCAAAAGAUUAUGAUUGAGUAUAUCAAUGAAAUCAACUCAUAAGUUCAUAAAUAUCAUAAUGAGAUAGAGCAUUCUUUUUAAGAAUUAAGUUCAAUUUAUCAAAUUGCAAAAUAUUAUAUUGAUUUGAUAUACGUCUAAGGAGUUAAGAUGAGUAAUAAUGUUAUUUAAAUAAAGAUCAAAUCUUUUUCUACAUCAUAGAUUUGCUUUUGAUGUGGCUAUUUACUUCCAACAAACAAUUUAUUGAUUAAAGAUUUAACAACUUUUUGUUGAUACUAAUUUGCUUUGCUUUGGAGAAUUACUUCGAAAGUUCGAACUACAUCAAAUCGUUUUUGGUUGUGAAUCAACUUUUGUUAAUUCUCUAUGGUUUUAUUUUUUAUAAGGAUUACGAAUAAUUGACAUACAAUAAAUUGAUGUCAAUAUAAAAGAGGAUCAAUUACUUUGAUUUAUCAAAUUUUAAAUAGAGAGCGAAACAAAUCUUGAUGAACACUGUGUCAAAAAAAAGAAAUGAGUGA